CGCCCGCCUUCCGCCCGUGGGGCGUUCGACCCCCUGCGCUGAGCGCUGAGGCCGGCGGCCAUGGCGUCGUACACGUGCAUCACCUGCCGGGUCUCCUUCGGGGCCGCCGACCUCCAGCGCGCCCACUACAAAACGGACUGGCACCGCUACAACCUGAAGCGGAAGGUGGCCGCCCUGGCGCCCGUCCCCGCCGACGGCUUCGAGGAGCGGGUCCGGGCCCAGCGGGGAGGGGCGGGGGGGGCCGAGGCCGAGACCAACGCCGCCGCCGCCGCCACCUACUGCACCGUCUGCAGCAAGAAGUUCGCCACCUUCAACGCCUGCGCCAACCACCUGAGGUCCCGGAGGCACCGCGCCCUGCAGAGGGAGGCGGUGGAGGCGGUGGGCAGGAGGGUGGAGAGGCUCAACGAGAAGAACCGGGAGAAGGGCCUGGCCGCCCCCGCCCUCGAUAACGACGCCCUCAACUCGGCCAUCCAGCGCGCCAUCAAGCCCCAGCCCUCGCCCGCCCACGCCAAGCCCCCAGACGGCCCGGGGCGGGAAGGACCGGCCUCCCGGACCCCCGAGCCCCCGCGCCUCCGCUGGUUCCAGCGGCGGGCCGGGAAGGGGGCCGGCACCCGGGAACAGCACCACGACGACGACCUCCAAGACGGCUGGGAAGACAUGGAUUCGGACGAAGAGGUGGACUCCGAAGAUCCUGAGGAGAUGGAUGUUCUCGAAGAGGAAGACGAGGGAGCCGGAGCUGGAGGUGGGGAAAGCGCACCUGCUGGCGCCAUCGCUGUCACCGACUGCUUGUUCUGCUCCCAUCACUCCAGCUCCCUCAUGAAGAACGUGGCUCACAUGACCAAAGUCCACAGCUUCUUUAUCCCCGACAUUGAAUUCCUUUCGGAUCUCAGAGGGCUAAUUAAAUAUCUAGGGGAAAAAGUUGGCGUGGGGAAGAUUUGCUUGUGGUGCAACGAAAAAGGAAAAUCCUUCUACUCCACGGAAGCAGUGCAAGCCCACAUGAAUGACAAGAGCCACUGUAAACUCUUCACCGAGGGAGAUGCCGCGCUGGAAUUUGCAGACUUCUAUGAUUUUAGGAGUAGUUACCCAGACUACAAGGAAGGGGAGGAAUCAGAGAUGUCUGAGGAACUGCCUGCGGAAAAGAAUUUGGAGUACGAUGACGACAGUAUGGAGCUGAUUCUCCCUUCAGGUGCCAGAAUCGGUCAUCGCUCCUUGAUGAGGUACUACAAGCAGAAGUUCGGCGCCUCGAGAGCAGUGGCCGUCGCCCAGAACCAGAAGGCGGUGGGCAGGGUGCUCCGGCACUACCGGGCCCUGGGCUGGACCGGCGGCACCGGGGCCACUCUGGCACGGGAGCGUGACAUGCAGUACGUCCAACGGAUGAAGUCCAAGUGGAUGCUGAAGACCGGAAUGAGCAACAACGCCACCAAGCAGAUGCAUUUUAGGGGCCAAGUGAGGUUUUGAGUCUGGGGGUCAGUGCAGCUAGCCCCCAUGGGAACCUCACCGUUCAUCAGAUGGCAUGGGUGCUGCUCCAUCACCCUUCCCCCCUCCCCCUGACCCCAUCCCCAACCGCCGCCAUCCCCCUCCCCCCUCCGACCUUCCAGACCGCACCUAGGCCUCGAAGCCAUCUCGGUUCUAGUCGUCAUUCCCCGGCAGGUCGUCGGGGAGGUGGGUCAGCCGGCUGCCGCCCUUCGUGAAUAGUCGUACUUGAGCCGAGUGCCCUGUCGAAGGGAAACCACGGCGAUGGGAAAUGCGACCGCCCGCUGGAGUCCGAGACCACGUUCAACUUGGGAAGCGUCGGUUUUGCCGGCGGGGGAGCGGGAGCUGGGGUCACUCGGAGAUCCUUGAGGUUUGGACGAUGAGCUGGAUUGUGAACUGCUGCUGAGCUAGUGAUGGUGCUGGAGUAGAGCUGCCCUGCAGGCUCUCAUCGCUUCACCUAGAAGGUCUUCAUUUUGGUGGAUAGACUGGAUCAAUUUUCAAAGUGCUGUUAAUCGAAUGUCCCAAAGCCUUCCUGGGGGAGUGCUUGAAUGUGGGGUUUUUUUGUUGUUGCUGUUUCUCCCCCUCCCCCCGGCUCAUUGCUUCGCUCCAGUGUUAGAUGCAUUUCUCAUGCUGCUGAUCUAGUCAGAAAAUACAUACCCUGAUUUCUUUCUAGAAAGGGAAUUUUAGCUCCCCAGUCUAGGAAAAUAGGAUUUCCUUACCUAAGAAGGGGGGGCAAAGUGUGAGAUUAAUCAACCAAUGGUACACACUAUUUGAAUUAAAAAAAAAAAAUCCUUUGGUAGUUGAUAGGCCCUUAUGAGACAAUAUUUAAAAGCUUUUCUUUUGCAUUUUGGUUAAAUCCUUGAACACCUCAGGGAUAAUCAAAUGAGCUAAUAGUUGGCUCCAAGCAGCCUAAUUCCUAGGCAGUUGUCUGCUUCGGUGCUCCUUCAGACUGCAUUUUUGUGUGUUUUUUGGUUUUUAAACCAAACGUGACCAGUUCUUUCCCAGACAAAAGCAGCUUCGAUCAGUAACUGAUAUUCCCAUUAUAAAUGAAGCUUAUGAAGCCAAGGUUCAGGAUCAGAUUAGAGCAUUAUUUGCUGGCUUAAAAGUAAGCAUAUAAAUUAUCCCUUCGUAAGGGUGACGGUAGCAGUAAAUGGCCCAGUGAGCUAGUGCCUCAGGCAUCGGGGUCAGGAUUUGCUGUUGGAGGGGGUUGUGGAGGGAGAGGAAAUAGAAUUCCUGUCCCUGCUGCCCAGGUGAGCCCCAGUUUCUGGCCUGGGUGUCUUCUGGAAGACACGUUGCAGCACUGAGGUGAAACUUCACUAUUUCAACUGCUACCUCGCCCCUCCCCUGCAAUCAGUUUUCAAGUAGUGCUGCCAGUUUGAGGGGUUAAGAAAAAUUAGGGGGUUGGUCAAGAUUCCAGGUACCUUCUCUUGUUUGCCACUUUCUGACAAAGUGGUAGAAAAUGUCUCUAAUAGUGAAAUUUUUAAUGCAGUAGUUUAGCAAGGGAAGAACCUAUUUCUGGAAUCAGAAAUGGCUUGAGUUCUAGUGACCGGCCUGAAAUUCCAAUUUGCGUUCUGUAGCUUGGCAAGUCUCAGUGUUAGUGACCUGAUGCUGAUGCUUCCCCCCCCCCCUUUUUUCCCCUCAAGUUUGCAUUUGAUUAACCGUUUCUCAUGGAGCUCCAAGUUCUCUAGGGGUGCGACCCGAGACACAGAUUGAUGAGUCAGCUGCGCCCUGAUAUCUUGUUUGGAUCCUAAUCUUGGCAUUGCAGCUGGCUUCGAUUUCAGCCAUCUGUCACUUGGAUCCCGUAGAGCCCCUGAAAUACCAUCCAGUCCCUCGGUAGUGUGGGCCACAACCUUUAUAGAGCAAUGCCUCUGAAAGAAAGGGUCUGCCAAGAAUUGGCCACUGCCCACAUCGAAGUUGACAGGCCUGUCCCUAAACGUAAUGUCUCUUGGCUGGCCCUGGCCUUGACUCUCCCACCCUCCCCUGUCCGGUGUUUGCCGCCUGCCCUGUCCAUCCCCACUCCCGUCCCUCUGAGGGUCACUGAUUCACGGGCAUCCUCACCCAUCUGGAAAUCGCAUUGGGGGGUGAAGAAUUUGCAAAGUGCAGGUUCACUCCCUCUUCAACCCUCCCUGCCUUGGUGUACCUCUUCAGGAAAUGAGUAGGAUAAUGUCACCACACCUGGGGCUAGGAGUCUUACCGUUUGUUAAAGCAAAUUGUAUUUUUGGGUGGAAAAUUGCUUUCAUGUUUAUAUCUUGGAGAGAGAGUUCACUUCACACCGUAAGCAGAAAAGUACAUGAAGCUGCUGUGGAGUUGGAGAUGAAAUGAAUUAGGCCCAAAGUUCACGUAUUGAGUCGAAAUAAACCUGUUUCAACAAUUGUCAA